AAAUAUCAAUUUACAGGGAGAGAGAGAACUCCAGAGAGAGAAAGAGGGAAAAGAAGUGGACCGAAAGGAAAAGAUGAGCCAGCUUAUUGAUUUCUGACUUCGAUUCCUUUCUCCUCCACCACCACCACCACCACCACCGACACCACCGCCUCCUCCUCUUUCCGCUCAAAGAACCUACAAAUAUAUCAAUAUAGAGAGUUAGACACCUAUAUAUACAUAUUUAUUGAUUUGUAAUUUGGUGGCUUCUAUAUAGUCUCAGAUAGAAGAAAAUGUCUCUGAACAUGAAAACCCUAACGCAAGCGCUUGCCAAGACGGCAGCGGUGAUCGAGAAGACCGUGCAGACGACCGUACAGGAAGUAACCGGUCCAAAGCCCUUGCAGGACUAUGAGCUCCUCGACCAGAUCGGCUCCGCUGGACCUGGCCUUGCUUGGAAAUUAUACUCUGCUAAGUCUGCACGUGAUUCCACGCGCGCACACCAGUAUCCCACUGUUUGUGUUUGGGUACUGGACAAGAGGACAUUGUCGGAGGCUCGUGUCCGGGCGGGACUGUCGAAGGCGGCGGAGGACUCGUUUCUGGAUGUGAUUCGGGCUGAUGCAUCGCGUUUGGUGAGGCUGAGGCAUCCAGGAGUGGUGCAUGUGGUGCAGGCAUUGGAUGAGAAUAAGAAUGCGAUGGCUAUGGUGACGGAGCCGCUCUUUGCGUCAGUAGCCAAUGCGCUUGGAAACCUGGAGAAUGUGGAGAAGGUGCCUAAGGAGCUGAAGGGAAUGGAAAUGGGUUUGUUGGAGAUGAAACAUGGUUUACUCCAAAUUGCUGAAACUUUGGAUUUUCUCCACAACAAUGCACGUCUCAUUCAUCGGGCUAUAUCACCUGAGAAUAUCCUAAUCACUUCAAGCGGAGCUUGGAAGCUUGGUGGAUUUGGAUUUACAAUCACAACAGAUCAGGCUUCAGGCGACUUGCCUAUUUCUCAGGCCUUUCAUUAUGCUGAGUACGACGUUGAGGAUUCUGUGCUGCCACUUGAGCCAUCUCUGAAUUAUACUGCUCCUGAACUUGUUCGGAGCAAAUCACCUUCAGCUGGAUGCUCUUCUGAUAUUUUCAGUUUUGGAUGUCUUGUCUACCACUUGAUUGCUCGCAAGCCUUUGUUUAACUGCCACAACAAUGUCAAGAUGUACAUGAAUACUUUGAAUUACUUGUCUAGUGAAGCUUUCUCCUCUAUUCCGCAAGAAUUAGUUCCUGACCUGCAGAGGAUGAUCUCUGCAAAUGAAUCUUUCAGGCCAACAGCAAUAGAUUUUACAGGUUCUCCGUUUUUCCGGAAUGACACUAGGUUGCGUGCUCUUCGCUUCCUGGACCACAUGCUUGAAAGAGAUAAUAUGCAGAAGUCUGAGUUCUUGAAAGCAUUAUCAGAUAUGUGGAAAGAUUUUGACUCCCGUGUACUGCGGUAUAAGGUACUUCCACCAUUAUGUGCAGAACUUAGGAAUAUGGUGAUGCAGCCAAUGAUUCUUCCAAUGGUUCUCACAAUAGCAGAGUCUCAGGAUAAAAAUGAUUUUGAGCUAUCAACACUUCCAGCUCUCAUUCCUGUCCUGAAUACUGCUGCUGGCGAGACACUACUGCUGCUUGUAAAACGUGCUGAAAUCAUUAUCAACAAGACGACUCAGGAGAACUUAAUAUCCCAUGUCUUGCCAUUGCUCGUUCGAGCUUAUGAUGAUACUGAUCCGCGCAUUCAAGAGGAAGUCCUGAAAAAAUCUUCAUCUCUUGCUAAGCAACUUGAUGUUCAGCUAGUGAAACAUUCAAUUUUGCCUCGUGUCCAUGGAUUAGCACUAAAAACAACCGUUGCUGCGGUAAGAGUCAAUGCUCUGUUAUGCUUGGGGGAUCUUGUUCACAAACUAGAUAAACAUGCUGUUCUGGAAAUCUUGCAAACACUUCAACGUUGUACAGCUGUUGACCGUUCUGCUCCUACCCUUAUGUGUACCCUUGGGGUUGCAAAUUCAAUUUUUAAGCAGUAUGGAGUAGAAUUUGUGGCAGAGCAUGUCCUUCCUCUGCUUAUCCCUCUUCUCACUUCCCAACAAUUAAAUGUUCAGCAGUUUGCCAAAUAUAUGCUCUUUGUAAAAGAUAUCCUCAGGAUAAUAGAAGAAAAAAGAGGAGUUACAGUUACUGAUUCUGGAAUUCCAGAGGUAAAGACGGCACCUUUUCCCAAUGGGCUUCAGUCUCAAGCCUUGAGCAAAACAAGUGGAACUGUUGCUCCAGCUUCAAAAAGUAGCUCUUCAUGGGAUGAGGAUUGGGGUCCUGUCUCGAAAGGACCUACCACUAGAAACCAGCUUUCUACAAGCAAGCCAUUGUCUACUACCUCUGUUUUGAGUAAUCAACCAAUUCAAUUAACUUCUUUGAAAUCAGAAUCUUCCUUGAUCUCUGCUGUACCUGGUCAGCAAACAACUUCAUCAUGCCCUCCAGUUGACAUAGAAUGGCCUCCUCGGGCAUCUUCAGGUGUAACCCCUCAAUUACGUGAUGCUGAUAAGCAAUUGAACACGGGAGCAUCAUCUUCAAGUUUUGAUGAUCUAGAUCCUUUUGCUAAUUGGCCUCCGAGACCUAGUGGUACUUCCAGUGCAUCUGGAACUUCUAAUAAUGGUUCAUUGGGAUCAAUGGGAAAUAAUUAUAGUACCAGCUUGAAUGCGAGCACGCCCAACAGUAUGAAUUUCCAAGCUAAUGGAAAUAAUAGCUGGGCCUUCAGCAAUCAAAGUUCAUCUGAGCUGUUGAAAUCAAACCAAGGGAUUUCUACAAUGAGUGCUGGUAGUUUGAACAGUGGUCAUAAUCCUCAGAAAUCAAUUGGUUUCAUGAAACAAAAUCAAGGUAUGUCUGCUUUGGGUCCAUAUAAUGAUAAGAAAUCAACAGAUCUUGGAUCAAUAUUUGGUUCCAGCAAAAACGAGCAGCUUGCACCUAAACUUGCUCCGCCACCAUCAACUGCUGUGGGCAGAGGAAGAGGAAUAGGAAGAGGGGCCACUUCUACUUCAAGAUCUACCCAUGCCAAACCACAGUCGGAACAGCCAUCCCUUUUGGACUUGCUGUAAUGGACUGGAUUGCCUCUAUCACGUGAAAGGAGGGCUGAAAAAAGAGAGGUUCAAGUAGCCGUGAGCCAUUCUAUGCAGCGACGCAGUUGGAUUUUAUGUUAAAAACGGUGGAUUCUAAGUUCAUUUGGGGCGAGAGAUUCUCAAUGGCCAUAGUGAAUGGCAUGGUUUGUCGAGUGAUUUUCGUGAGUUUGUAGCUUAUUCUGACGGACCCUUUUGUUUUCUCUUUUUUUUUGGGUCUUUAAAAAAAAAAAGAAGGUAUGUUAUGCUGUUUAGUUGGAACAGUUAGGCUUUUUGAUGUUUGAAAAUAGUUUUUGCUGGAAAUGUAUUUUUCAAAACAAUUCCAGUUCCAGCAACUGGUUUAGAAAUAAUUAAAAGAAAUACUUGUCUGUACUCAAAUAUUAAUUUCUAGCUUAUAUAAUAAUAAAAUUACUUUUCUCCA